AUCUUGAUCCAAUACACAGCAAACCCAAGCCAUGGCCUCCUUCCACAACGGCAACCAUUUCACCAACAACCGCGCCAACAACAACAACAACAACAACAGCGAUGAUGAUGACGACGACAGCGGGUCGGACGACGACCAUCACCAUCACCGUCAGUAUCCUCACAGCAGCGAGAGCAACAACAACGGCCAUGUCGCGCACCACCUCAACUUUGGACCCGUCGGAGCAGCGAGCUCCAGCUCUAGUAGCAGUGAUGCCCAGUCGCAGCCACAGAGUCAGCCACAGAGCCAGCCGCAGCCGCAGUCGCAGCCCGUCGCGCUCACGGCGUACCAGCAGCAGAUGCAGUUGCAGUACCAGCAGCUGCUCCACCAGCAGCAGCAGCAGCAGCAGCAGGCGCGCUCCAUCCAGCAGCCCCUCGCAGGCAGCAGUGGCAGCCAGCUGUGGAGCCCCAGCCAGACCGGCAUGGGCAUGGGCAUGGGCAUGGCAGGCCAGCACAGCCCAGCAGCAGCAAUCUCGUCGUCCGCGUUCGCCCAGCUGCGGUCGCCGUCCCUCACGCAGUCCCCGCGCCUGGCCAGGCACCUGUCGUCCACCCGAGUCAUGCGCGCUGGCCUCGGUGGUGGUGGUGGUGCCAGCGGUGCCAGUGGUGCCAAUACGAGCGCGUCCGACUACGCAGACUCUGAUUCUGCUGCUGCUGCGUCUGCCGCUCACGACUCGAUCACCAGCGACGAGCCAAACCUGCUCUUCCACCAGAUGACGGCCUCGCAGAUCUUGUACGUCCCCAAGCGCAAGCAACCAAAGCUCGUCGGAAAAUACAUUCUGGGCGACGUGCUGGGAGAAGGAUCGUACGGAAAAGUAAAGGAAGGCAUCGACUCGGAAACGCUGCGUCGCGUCGCCGUCAAGAUUAUGAAGCGGAAAAAGUUGCGCAAGAUUCCCAACGGAGAGGCGAACGUCAAGCGGGAAAUCUCACUGCUCAAACGCCUCAAGCAUCGCAAUGUCAUCGAGCUGAUCGACGUCCUGUUCAACGAGGAGAAGCAGAAAAUGUACAUGAUUUUGGAGUACUGCACAGGCGGGCUCCAGGAAAUGCUCGACCAGACCGAGACCCACAAAUUCCCCGCGUGGCAAGCGCACGAGUACUUUAAGCAGCUCGUCGAAGGGCUCGAGUACCUGCACUCGCAGGGAGUUGUUCACCGCGACAUCAAGCCAGGCAACGUUCUGCUGACGCUCGAUGGCGUGCUCAAAAUUUCCGAUUUUGGCGUUGCCGAGGUGUUGGACAUGUUUGAUGCGUCGGAUGCUUGCACGAGCAGCUCUGGCUCGCCAGCAUUUCAACCACCCGAAAUUGCAAACGGCUCGGAAGUCUUCUCGGGCUUCAAAGUGGAUAUCUGGGCGAGUGGCGUGACCUUGUUCAAUAUCACGACAGGAAAGUAUCCUUUUGAAGGCGAGAAUAUUUACAAUCUCUUUGAAAACAUUGGCAAGGGCGUGUACUCGAUUCCUGCCGAUACCGAUCCUCUGUUGGGGGAUUUGAUAAAAGGCGUUCUGGACGUGGAUGAAAAGAAGCGAUUCACGUUGCCAAGCAUUAUGCACCACCCAUGGAUGCAAAUGGACCACCCUCGCGCCGGGCUGCCGCCCGUGCCCAUCCCGCCCACUCCUCAAGGCGACGAAUUCCGAAGCACUUCAAUCCUGACCUACUUGGAAAGCAUGUACAUAAGCCAACUUGAUCCUGGCGCUGAAGCGAUGAAUCAGAGCAUGGCACAUCUGUACAUGACCGAGGCACGGCAGCAGGAACUGCAACACUCUGCAGACAUGCACGACGAUAUUGUCGAGAAUCCUCGAGGCUCGCAUGCGUCCGCCGCGUUAUCUGCAUCGAACGACAGCCCGUCCCAACGGAUGAAUGUGAAGCGGUUUUCGUUGAAGCAAGCUGGCAAGUGCACACAGCAGUAGUGGUUGUUGUUCUCAACAUUGUUAUGAGCGUUUCGGUUUUUUGAUGAUGUUUUUGUUUUUGAGCAGUGCUGCGUUUCUCUAAGUAAAAUGCUUUUC